UGAGAAGCGAAACGCUCGCCUGCACAGCAGACCAGUUGGGUUUCCUGACAGAGUAGCUCCAGUCCAGCUCUCCACAACAAUCCGUUCUCAGUUUAGCGAUGGGGAAUUCAACGGGCAGCACCGUGGACGACCUGCAGGCCGUUGAAAUGCAUCUGUGGUAUAAGAAGUUCAUGACUGAGUGUCCAUCUGGUCAGCUCACGCUGCAUGAGUUCAAACAGUUCUUCGGGCUCAGAGGUCUGGAUCCAGAGGCCAAUGCCUACAUCGAGCAGAUGUUCCGCACAUUUGACAUGAACAAGGAUGGUUAUAUAGACUUCAUGGAGUACGUGGCCGCCCUCAGUCUCGUAAUGAGAGGGAAGAUGGAGCACAAACUGCGCUGGUAUUUCAGACUUUACGAUGUUGACGGCAACGGCUGCAUAGACAGACACGAGCUCCUGAAUAUCAUAAAGGCCAUCCGCGCCAUCAACGGAAGUGAGACACAGGAAGUGAGCGCUGAGGACUUCACAAACCGAGUGUUUGAUAGGAUCGACAUCAACGGAGAUGGGGAGCUUUCACUGGAGGAGUUUGUAGCAGGGGCACGCAGUGAUGAAGACUUUAUGGAGGUGAUGAUGAAGAGUUUAGACCUCUCACACAUAGUGGCCAUGAUCCAUAACCGGAGACACAGCGUAUAAGAGAUUGUCCACACUUACAGUCUCUUGAUCAGAAAACAAGAGCAACCUUCAAUUAUCAAACUUCACCUCCACUGUCUAAUGCUAAAACACAAUCAUAUUAAAGAGAGACUGAGCUAAAGGGGCCAAGAGAUGAAAUUGGUGUGGGACGUCCCACAUCUAAUAUACUGACUGUUUCCCAAACACUGAGCAGAAAGUGGCUUCAUGGGAAAAGAAUCAGUAUGAAGUGGAUGUCCAUUUAGGGGCUUUAUUUUCUUAUAACUUUAUUAUUAGCAAAAAAGAGAAGACAAUUUUUAAAUAUAUAUUUAUUUAUAUAUUUAUUGUAUUAGAUGACUCAGAGACAUUUAUAAAUAUUUGACUAAGUGGUAGUUCAAUUACAUUCAUUCAAAAGUUUGGGGUCGGUCAGAUUUUGUGGGCCUAAUGUUUUUGAAAGAAGUCUUUUAUGCUCACUAAGGCUGCAUUUAUUUAAUUUUUAUGGAAACUGAUGUAUUUUUCCUCCAAUUUUUUGAUAAAGUUCAAAAGAACAGCAUUUAUUAGAAACCAAAAUCUUUUGUAACGAUGUAAAUGUCUUUAUAUCUUCAAAUUUGAUCAACAAAAGUAUGCAUUUCUGACCCCAAUCUUUUGAACAAAAGUAUAUGUCCACUUUAAAGCUUAAUUUAAUUUUUUUUUAUUAAUGUUCAAGGGAAGGUGUAUAUUUUUGGUACUGUAAAGGGUCACUGUUUUUAAUAAAUUUAUCUUUUUUGCCAUUUUUAAAGCAUUUUAAAUGUGAUAUACCCCCGGUUUCACAGACGAGGCUUAAGCUAGUCCCAGACUAAAUGCAUGUUUGAGCUGUUUCAACUGAAAGCAACUUGCACUGACAUGUCUUAAAAUAUGUCAGUGCCAUUGUUUUCUCUCAAGAUGCACACCAGUAAUGUUUUUUUUCUUCUUCUAAGGCACGUUUAUAAAAGCUACUUAAAUGUCCUAAUUGAACUAAAGUGAAAUUCUGGCUUAAUCUAAGCCCUGUCUGUGAAACUGGGCCUAAAUUUCAAGAACACGUUUGUUAAAAUAGAUCUAGAUGAAUUAUUUCUCUGUCAUGUCAGGAAUGUUUACUUUUUUUUUUUUUUUUUUUUUUUAAAGAUAUGUGCAUAAUAUACUUAAUACUUGCAUGUUAUUUUAGUUUCUGCAGUGUAUAAGAAUGGACAUGGCUUGUUCUGUAUUUGUAUAGACAUAAUGAAGGUGCCUUCUGUUGUAGGACUCCAGGACCUACCUUAAGCUUGGUUAAUGAACUGCUUGUGCUUCCAUUUGUACAUUAAAGACAUAAUAACUGACACUAGUGUAAGUUAAUGCAUGAAUUAAUUAACUGCAGACACCGAAAUGACCCUUUGUGUCUCAAGCCCCCGUCGUCUAUUCAGGCUACGUCAGCUUGUGAGAACACAUGAGUCACAUUUGGAGCCUUUUUAACUGUGGACCCUCAGUUUCUAUGACAACCGCAAUCUAUUACCAUGGAGACCUUGUGAGUCAGACUCAGCAUCAGUUACCUCUCAAAAGCUGAAUUAACAGACCACAAUACUAAAAACCUAAAUUUCAAU